AACUUAGUUGAGCGCUGAAUCUAAAAACAGCGCUACGCCGUCUUCAGGCUGUCUUUUUAACAAACAAAUUUUAUAUUUGAAAGUUAUGUUCCGAAGCCAUGCAUAAGUAGUGAGGUUACUAUAUGAACAGUAACAGAUACUGCUUUGCUUCUUCUUGAAUGGGUCAGUCCUUAUCUGCACCUGCGCUUUCUAAAGAAACUAAGAGUUGGCAGAAUGAAAACUACAGUGUUGCAGUAUCCAGUAUGCAAGGGUGGCGUGUACACAUGGAAGACGCUCAUAUGUGCUUACUGGAGCUUCCUAAUGAUCCAAGAGCUGCCUAUUUUUCAGUUUUUGAUGGACACGGUGGAACAAGAGUGGCUAAUCAUGCAAGCAUACACCUUCAUGAAAAGAUUGUGGAGCGACUGGAAUAUGGUAGGUACGUUGUUGCAGGAGGGUGCGUAGAGCAGUGUGAGUUUGGUUGUAGCCACGAGAAUCUGGAAGGGGAAAGAGGAAGGCAACAAGGUGAGCCGACGACUCAGCAAGUACAAGCUGUCAUUUAACAUGGGUAAGUCAAGUUAUGCGAAUAAAUCAGAACUGCAGUUCUAAGUGUACAUUACUUCAAUACGUGUGUCUUGAAUAUGUUGACUGGUUACGAUCACUAUUUGUAUUUAUUGAGAUUUAUCAGUGAUAUUUGACUUAACCAUUCUCCUAACUCAUUCCCAACUACUUAAUGGAGCCAACUAUUUCGUCGAAGGUUUGCGUCGAGUACAUUCGUCAUUCUGCGUUACAUAAAAGAACUAAUCUUCGUCGAUGAAAUAUUCCUAGCGGGUUUGAUCUUUUUGCAUCCAGGGUACUAAAUGUUGCUUAAUAACUCACUCACUACCGUAGUCUGAGCAUAAAGAGUGGAAUAACUGCACACAUCAAGUUACCCCCUGAUAUUUAGAUCAAGCAUGAAAGAAGUAUAUUUUCAACUGUUGUUUGAAGAAUCAAGAUUCCGUCAGCUGACUUUAUAAUCUAUGGCAUCUGGAAGAUACUCGCUAAAUCUUAACGGAAGCCUUUCUUUCUUAUUGCACUGAAAAAAGUCACCAAAUGACAGCAAACUGUAAGGUGACUAGCACGUAGUAACUACUACUUUCAUACUGUGUGCAUUUAGUACUAUAACUGGGAAGAAGAUUACGUAGGUCUUUAUUUCUGACACUGUCAAUACCCGCCCCCAACAAUAUUCUUGUUGCCUUCCACAUUUUUUCUCCUUAUAUGUUUGUCACCCUUUUUCCUUGUUACAGAAGAAAAUAAAUAAGUUCACACGAAGAACUGAUGUUUCUAUCCACUGUCCGUUAUUCUUAAACCGUUUAUAAUCAAAAAGGGUUUAAUCACAUUAUUUUACCUAUUGAUUCCAGCCCAGAAUGAUAUAAAGGAGGCUAUUCGCCAGGCUUUUCUUUGUUUGGAUGCUGAAAUGCAAUCUGAAAUGACCUCUUAUUCUGUGAAGUCACAAAUCUCAAGAUCAGACACAUUAAACAAUUCAACAGUAUCUGGUGCAAGUGUGACAUCCAAAAGCAGUUCUGUUGAAACACAUAAUGAAGGUUCGGGGAGUUUCUCCCUAAAAAUCCCAAAUCCAGGUGAUGAGUUGGCUGGAUCUACUGGGAUAAUUGUACUACUGAAGGAUCAAAUGCUUUACUGUGGUAAUGCUGGAGAUAGUCGGGCCGUGUGCAGUAGGCGUGGAAUCGCAGAACCCCUAUCAACAGAUCACAAACCAACUUUGCGUGCCGAGAAGGAACGUAUUUCUGCUGCUGGUGGUUGGGUAGAUGCAAAACGUGUAAAUGGGAACCUUGCACUUUCACGAGCUUUUGGAGACUUUGUUUUUAAACGAAACCCACGGCAGUCUGCUGAAAGUCAAAUUGUAACUGCCAAUCCAGAUGUCUUUGUCCGAAGAAUUUCGGUUGAGGACGACGAAUUUAUUGUACUAUGUUGUGAUGGAAUAUGGGAUGUGAUGACCAAUCAGGAGGUUAUAAGCUUUGUAAGACUUCGACUUGGUUAUGGAAUGCCCGCUUCCAAAGUGUGCGAGGAGCUUAUGAUGCGAUGUCUAGCACCGGACUGUCAUACAAAUGGUUUGGGUUGUGAUAACAUGACCGUCGUUCUGGUUUGCCUUCUUCAUGGUCGUCCACUCUCUGAUUUACAACACAGAUGCUCACGAUUAUGUCCUGUCGGUCCUGCAGCUGAUAUUCUAGGUGCUUAAAACUAUUUACUUUUGUUGUUAUACAUUUCAUUCUCCAAAUUUGAUACUGAUUUUCUGUGCCAUUCAAGAAUCCCAAAGAUUUUACUUUCACAUGGUGCUUGUACACUCUAAUCUAUUGACUUAUAUUAAGCUAUAAUUUUCCAAGUAGUAACUUGCUUUUGCCGAAUAUUCAUCGCCCUAUCACGCAUUUAUUUUAACCCUAAAUCGGAUUUUGUACACAGCCGUCUCACUUCAUUCUCGUACUUAGUACUUUUUGACUUCAGAUAAAAUUACAGAUAAAUAUUGAUUUUAUACCGCAAAAAGUACUCCUGUAUCAAUAUCUGAGCUUCUUUCUUUGAUGUUGAAGUGUAGUUUGUUUUCAGAGUGAGUAGCAGAUAUCAUAACGUAAUUCCGCUUCUUGUUUUCAGAUAACUUGAGAUCCACCUAUUCUGAUGAUCAGCAUGAUGGAAGGAAAUAAACUGUGUAGUACUACGUACCGAUU